GUGCUUUCUUAAUUCCUUAUGUCCUGUUCCUUGUGACCUGUGGCAUACCUCUAUUUGUGCUGGAGACGGCACUGGGCCAGUACACCAGUCAGGGGGGGAUCAUGUGCUGGAGGAAGGUCUGCCCCUUGUUUGAAGGCAUGGGAUACACCAGCCAAAUGAUCAUUUUCUAUGGAAGUAUCAGCUAUAUUGUGAUUUUAGCCUGGGCUUUUCUCUACUUGUUCUCUUCCUUCUCUGGAGAGUUGCCAUGGGCCACCUGCAAUAACACCUGGAACACAAAUCGUUGUGUAGAAAUAAACAACUACAAUACUACUGCCAACUGGACAUCACCUGUGAAUGCAUCAUCUUCUGUUUUAGAGUUUUGGCAGCGUCGGGUGUUGAAUAUAUCCAGCGGCAUAGAGAACUUGGGAACCAUACAGUGGGACCUUUCUCUGUGCCAUCUUCUAGCCUGGGUCAUCUGCUACUUUUGUGUUUGGAAGGGAGUAAGAUCCACGGGAAAGGCUACAUAUUUCACAGCCACGUUCCCCUUUGUCCUGUUAAUCAUGCUGUUUGUCAGAGGAAUGACCCUUCCUGGAGCCUUCCAUGGUAUCAAGUACUACUUGUAUCCCAAUCCUGAACGGCUCGCUGACCCACUGGUCUGGAUGGAUGCUGGAACACAAAUAUUUUAUUCUUAUGCCAUAUGUUUGGGAUGCCUAACUACACUUGGGAGCUACAACAAGUACAACAAUAACUGUUACAGAGACUCCUUUUAUCUUUGUUUGUUGAACAGCGCGACCAGCUUCAUGUCAGGCUUUGCCAUUUUCUCAGUUCUGGGUUACAUGUCGCAAAAGCAGGGUGUCGACAUUGCUACAGUCGCUGAGUCAGGUCCAGGCCUUGUUUUCAUAGUCUACCCACAAGCUGUGACCCUGCUGCCUUGGCCUCAGGUGUGGUCUGUGUGCUUCUUUGCCAUGAUCAUCUUGUUAGGAAUAGAUGGUCAGUUUGCAGGUCUUGAAAGCAUCAUGACCUCUUUGACAGAUGUCUUCCCCUCCCAUUUAAGGAAAGGAUAUCACAGAGAGCUUUAUCUGAUGCUGAUCUGUGCGCUUUGCUAUCUGUUUGGCCUGUUAUUGGUGUCACAGGCUGGUGCAUACAUUCUGCAGAUCUUCGAUCACUAUGUUUGCAGUGGUCCUACUCUGCUGCUGAUGGCAAUUUUCCAGUCAGUUACGAUUGGAUGGAUUUAUGGUGCCGAUCGCUUCUACACCAACAUUGAGGACAUGAUUGGAUACAGACCUCUGUCACUGAUCAAGUACUGCUGGCUCUAUGCCACCCCUCUCAUUUGCAGUGGAACACUUAUAUUUUUGCUCCUGAGGUACACCCCUCUGAAGUUCAACAACACAUACGUGUAUCCUUGGUGGGCUUACUGCAUUGGCUGGUUCCUCGCGCUGUCGUCACUUUCUAUGGUCCCAGUCACUAUGAUCUACAAACUGGCCAAAGGAAGAGGGAGUCUCUGGCAGCGUCUGAAGACCAGCUCCCAGCCUGCAAGUGAUCUUCGAGGAAUGGAAAGCGAAAUGAUAAAUGUCCAUGAUUCACUACGUGCCCCAAAAUAACUGUUCAGCCUUAUUCACUGAAAUGCAAAUCUUUAAAUGUACCUUUUAAUUUGCGUUUUAAAUAAUACUUAAGGUGUGGGUCCUCUAUUAUGCACAUAUAUGGUGGCUGGUAUUAAUAUUUUUUAUAAGGUGAAAGGGUCUAUCUGAAGCACGAAAUGUCUGAAUAUCUGUUAGAGGCUGAAUGUAUAAAAUACUACACUGAUAUGGAGCCUCUGAUAUGACUUUAAUUUGCAUUUCAAAUACCUCAAACCCUAACAAUAACAUUUUUACUUGACUUUUUACUUUAAACUCACUACGAACACACAGACGUUGAGAUUGAAAAUAAACUUACAAUUAUUAUUUAUAGACCAACACAGUGAAUAGAGAUUUUAAAACUAGUGCUGUCGGCGUUAAAUCUUGUUAGAAUGACGUUAACACCAUAACCGCAUUAACGCAGCAAAAAUUUCCGUUAACGCGGAUCGCCAUGGCGACAACGCGCCGUGCAGCCCCUCGCACCGUGACAAGUUUUUUUUUUCUUUUUUAGAAACAUAAAAGCAAGGUCUUUUAGUGUUUAAAAGUAUUGAGCUGAAAACACAUAUUCACAGUUUAACACGUUUUUAUGAUGAUCACUUUUUUAAUGAUUUCCUACAUUACAUCAACUGCUACUUCUGUUGUGUUUUUGUGAUGUUUCAUGGAAAUCUGGGUUAUUUUAAUACAACGUUUUUAUAUAUUCAUACAAAUUGAAAAGUAAAAGGCUGUUUUUCUGUUCCUCUCUCAGUCAGAACCUGUUUUAAAAAUUAUAUCUAUCAUCAUUCUGGCAUUAAGUUCUAAAUACUUAAAUAACAUGGGGACCUGCGUAGAAACACCUUCAUAACAUUUAAAAUGAAAAAGAUUAGCUUCACUAAGCUUGUAGCUUUAUUUUGGUUACAGCUACAACAUACAAGAUACAAAAUGCUUUAUAACAUACGCAUGAAAAAUAAAAACUUACAUUUCAUAGAACAAAGGUCAACAUUGCUACAUGCUGACAUGCUAAGUAAUGCCAAAAAGGUUCAGGUUCAGUGUUCUGAACCUUUUUUAUGUUUAUAUUCCUAGUUUUUUGGCUGAAAUACACUGAAUGUAAGCAACAGAGGUCAGUUUUGUUUUUGUUUUUUUACUUCAGACUCCUUUAGUGCCCCCUCCUUUUUUAAUUACCUGGAACUGAGGAGUAACUAUGAAAUUGUGUCCUUUGGAAAGAUUUCUCCUUGAUGUUUUCUGGUAUGUGUUUCAUGUUGCUUGUGCUACACACACAUAUCAGGAAACACUAGGCCUAAUGAUCCGUAUGUAUUUUAAGCAUUCAGAGUAUAUUUCAUGAUAUUCUUUUUUUUAUCAACAUGUAUAAUAAACCAAAUAAAUAUUGCUCUUCAAGUCUGUCAAAAAGUGGUUAAUGUUUGCUCCUUACAUUUAUAACUGAACUCCUACUUUUACUUUAAGGUGCAUUGUAUUUUCUUGGAUUAUUGUAUUGGUUACAAGACUUUUUAAAUGUGUCUUGAUAUUUGACCUUGAAUUUGUAUAAUAAAAUACUUUGGGGAAUAAUUUAGCUUUCACUGUGAAAGCUUUUCUGUAAUUUAAGUGAAUGUGUUGAGAGAGUGUGACAGAUACAGACUCUAUGGUGCAGGCCAAUCCAUGACUGAUCAGUUUCCAUUGUGUCUUUGGAGCACUGACAGAUCGUUUGGGCUUGUUGUCAUGCUAGAAAAUAAAACUGUUGCCAAUCACAUGCUUUCUAGAUGGCAUUGCAUGGUGGAUGACAAUCUGAUGGCACCUUUCUGUGUUCAUAAUUACAUUAAUUUGAAAAAAUCCCAAACAACUGGCUGAAAUUCAGCUCCUCCAACAUGUUUUACAGAUGUUUGUAGACACUCGUUGUG